AUGGAUACAAAAAUAAAUAAUUGGAUCAAAGAAUUAAGUCGACCAAAUGCACAAUGUAAAUAUUAAUUAUUUUUAGAACCUUCCAUAUCCGAGUCUCAAGAACAUGAAAGGCGAAUUACUAACAGCUUUGCUCAAAAUGAAGCUGCUCUAUAACUCGGAGAUUAAAUUUACAGAGCAUCAAGAGCGCCAAAAAUUCCUCCAGAUUCUUUUGAGGCAGUAAUAAAGUGCUUACUUGAUUAAACAGAUUCAACUUAGAUCCAAGAAUAAAUACUAUACAAAAUAAAUUUAUAUUCUUUAGCUUAGAAAUCAACCAACAAUCCUUUGAAAGCAAUUUUGCCUAAAUCUAAAAAAUAAGGUUUCCUAAUGAUAAUACCAUAAUAUAUCAACGUGACAGAUCUUGUGUAAGAACUUUGAAACCAAUAGCUUUCAGUAAGUAUUAUGAGUUUUACUUAAUGAAAAUAAACAAUAUUAACCUUUAGGAUCAGGUGUUUUUUCUUAAGAUGCCUAUUGGGUAUUUAUUUUUUAUAUUCAAAGAGGAUAAACUAUAGCUCAAAGAAUGAGGCAAUUCAAGAUUGUAGAUCCCAUCUAAUUUCGAAAAGAUUUAUGCAAAAAUUUGUUUCUUAAUUAAAUGGGAAAGGGUGCAAAACUCCCCUAUUGGAUUUUCAGAUUUCCUGUUUCUUUAAGAAAAUGAAAGUAAAUUUGUUUUUUAAUUAUUAGAGAGUUUUUGGAUUGCUGAGAGAUUGUAUCAGGGAGAUUAUGUAAAUUUUGUAAUAACACUGGAUAUAUAAAUAGUGAUGAUAAUCUAUUAAAUAAAGGUUAGGUGUUUUCUAUUUACACAUAUAUUAUUAGUAAGCUUUAGUAUUUAAUUUGCAAUUUGUAAGGAGUAGGUUCCGUCCUUACGGAUCCAAUAAUCCAUACACAUGAAGGGAAUUUCGGAGAAACUGAUUUAGACAUGGAUGGUCUUUCUGAGUAUGUUAUUUCAGUUGAAAGAUUUAGAGAAACACGUUAUCAAAAAUACUUAGAUAUGUUGGAUGUAAAAUAUUGA